GCGGGCGCCUGCCGGAGCGGCAGCGGGGCCAUGGCGGCGCCGGCGGGCUCGCUGGUGGCGGCCGUGCUGGCCCACUCGGGCCGCCUCGACAAGGAGGACCUGGGCACCCGCAUCGGGCGGCUCUCCUGCCGCGUGGAGGAGCUCAAGGGAGAAGUCUGCAACAUGAUUAACAAGAAGUACAACGAGUUCCUGCCCAGCAUGCAGAGCGCCGAGGAGCUGGUGUCCCAGGUGGACGGGCUGUCCAGCAACAUCGACCUGCUGAAAGCCGGCAUUGAAAAUGAGGUUCAGCGAGAUCUAAAUGUCGCUGUUGCUGAAUUCACUGAACUGAAGCAGCAAUUGGAGCGCGACACCCUGGUUCUGAGCGUUCUGAAAAAGCUACAGGAGUUUGAUACAGCUAUUAAGGACUACAAUACUGCACUGCUGGAAAAGAAGUACGUUGCAGCAGCUCAACAACUGGAAAAGGCACGAAGCAGCCUGAAGAUGCUGGAAUCCCGCAAGGGCUUUGAGCUGAAGAUCCUGAAAGCGCUGGGCACGGAGCUCACGGUGCAGACACAGAACAUGCUCUACCAUCUAGGAGAGGAAUGGCAGAAAUUAGCUGUGUGGAAGCUUCCUUCUUCAAAAGAAAGCAGCAGCCUGGAGUCAGCGAUGCAUUCGGAACUGCACUUGCACACAGUGCCAUCAGAAGAGAAGAUCUCUAGCCCACCAGUUGCCUCUGUGCUGCAGGCAUUUGCUGUCCUGGGAGAACUGCACACCAAGCUUAAAAUUUUUGGCCAAUUGUUGCUGAAAUACAUCCUCAAGCCACUGAUUUCAUACCCAUCUCUUCAGCCAUUCACAGAGGAACAGUCAAAUGUGCUCAUCCUACGUUUUAAGACCGAGGAGCCUAACUUGGAUCAUUCUUCUCCUAUGGAGGUUUUUCACAAGAUCCAGCUUGUUUUUGAAGCUCUUCACAAAUAUCUGCUGAAUGUGCCUGUGGAGCAGCCUGCAGCAGAUAAAAAGGAGCGCAGAGUUACGCUCGCAGAACUGCUCGGCGAUAUGAUAUGGGAGGAGUUAUCGGACUGCCUCAUUCAGAACUGUUUGGUGAAUUCAAUCCCAACAAACAGCAGCAAACUGGAGCAGUAUAUAGAGGUGAUUAAAUCCACAGAGGAAUUUGAAAAAGCCUUGAAAAACAUGCAGUUUUUGAAAGGAGACACAACUGAUUUACUGGAAUAUGCCCGUAAUGUCAACUCCCACUUUGCUAACAAGAAGUGCCAGGAUGUGAUCGUAGCAGCCAGAAACCUGAUGACCUCAGAAAUACACAAUACUGUAAAGAUCACACCUGAUUCUUCUGUAGCCCUGCCAAGGCUUCCUGGUCCUGCAGCAGGAGAUCUCUUAAAAAUGGACAAAACUUCUAAACCUCUGCAUAACGACACGGUGAAUUUGGAGCAUGAGACCAAACUGAGCCAGUACACCUUUUCCCUGCCCACGUGCCGCAUCAGCUCAUCGGUGGAGAAACUGAUGGAGCUGGCUUAUCAGACGCUGUUGGAGGCCACAGCCAGCACAGAUCAGUGCUGUAUACAGCUCUUCUACUCUGUGCGGAACAUAUUCCAGCUGUUCUACGAUGUAGUGCCAACAUACCACAAAGAGAACCUGCAGAAGUUACCCCAGCUGGCAGCCAUUCACCACAACAACUGCAUGUAUAUCGCUCACCACUUGCUCACCCUGGGACACCAGUUCCGGUACCGCCUGACCAACAUCCUGUGUGACGGGGCAGCUACUUUUGUAGAUCUGGUGCCUGGUUUUAGGAGACUUGGCAUGGAGUGUUUCCUGGCCCAGAUGCGAGUGCAGAAAGGAGAAAUCCUGGAGAGGCUGUCAAGUGCCAGGAAUUUUUCCAAUAUGGAUGAUGAGGAAAAUUACUGCGCAGCAAACAAAGCAAUAAGGCAGGUACUGCAUCAGUUGAAGAGGCUGGGAAAAGUCUGGCAGGAUGUCCUCCCAGUGACUGUCUACUGCAAGGCCAUGGGGACUCUACUCAACACGGCACUCUCGGAGAUUGUCACCAGGAUUGUUGCCCUGGAGGAUAUCUCUGCAGAAGACGCAGACAGGUUGUACUCCCUCUGUAGGACCAUGGUGGAGGAAGGACCCCAGGUUUUCACCCCACUACCAGAAGAUGACAAAAAUAAGAAAUACCAAGAGGAAGUCCCAGUCUACGUGCAGAAGUGGAUGACAUUCAAAGAGCUGAUGAUCAUCUUGCAAGCCAACCUCCAAGAAAUAGUAGAUCAGUGGGCAGACGGGAAGGGGCCUCUCGCAGCUGAGUUCUCCGCUGCUGAAGUGAAGAGUCUCAUCCGCGCCUUGUUCCAGAACACGGAAAGAAGAGCAGCAGCACUGGCCAAGAUCAAAUAACUCUGUGGUUACUCCUACAUCUUGCGUCUUCUGAUAAAGCAAGAGCAAUCUGAGUCUUUCAAAUAUUUUUUUGAUUUGACCCUUCUUGUUUGUACCGGUAUAAAAAAAGCUUAGCAUUAGGUAAGUGCUUCCUGGAGGCUUGACUGAGCGGGGAGGAACAUUUCCUAUAGCUCAGCAUUUGUAGGGCAAAUACAGUGGCUCUGUGAGCCCGGGACCAGGAAAUCAAAGGUGGGGAACACAGGAACACUAACUGCUUCUGCCAGGCAGAUGGAGUUUGGGCCUGAAAAUUCAAUCUCCUGCCCCACUCCUCAGAGGUCUGGCCAGAUCCAAAGUUUCUUUUAUGCAGUGGUGGGUAUAGAGUCCUGGUGAAGAAGAGGUGCUUUUUGUGAUGUUUGCUAAUUUCUAUUCUUUAGGAUUUCACCUUCCUGUUAAACCCAGCAUAGACAAAUAAAUCAAAUCAUGUAUCCAGCAUCUCUCUGUGAAAACAGACACAGUUGUCAGAUGGGCCUUUCAGGCAAGGCUCCGUAUACUGUCAUCUCAAGCUUGCUCUCUUAAGGGCCUUAUAGAAGGAUUUUUAUUUCUCAGUAGUUAAUCUUAUCUAUGCAGUUUUACAUCAGGGGGCAUUUAGCCCUUUUGUGUCUUACCUCUUCUGUUCCUGCAAAUUACAUAGGAAACCCAGACUUUGGUAGCUUUUGAUAUCCUCUGAAGAAUGCUGAAGUGCCAAACUCUGCUCUUUCCAAUCUCAGGUUUCUCUGAAGAGCAGACCUCAGGAGGGUGAAAAUGUAGUGGGGGGAGGAGGGAAGAGGGGACCCUGUUCUGAGCAAAGUGUUUAUCAAGACACAGGGGUUUGCACACAUGGCAAAAUUCCUCACCACUUUAUUCCUCACGGAGAAUAUCUUAAAACUGACAUAGAAUUUUUCAAUGUCACUUUGCCAAGUGUAGAAACCAGUUCAGCUGCUUCCUUUACCUUUUUGUUGUGUGUGAAUUAGGUCUGGCAUCUGUUGUCUUUCUGGUAGUAAAUUUUCUGUCCUUUAAGAAUAAUCAAAGAAUCAUUUAGGUCAGAAAAGACCUUUAAGAUUACAGGGUCAAAUUGUGAACCCAACACAUCCAAGUCCACUACUAAACCACAUCCUUCAGCACCAGAUCUACACGUCUUUUAAAUACCUCCAGGGAUGGCAACUCAGCCCCUUCCCUGGGCAGCCUCUGCCAGUGCUUCACAAGCCCUUCAGUGAAGAUGUUUUUCCUGACGUCCAGUCUAAACUUCCCAGGCACAACUUGAGGCCAUUUGAGAGAAAUGUAAAUUAAUAUAAAAAGGGAAUGAAGUGUGCGCUUGUAGCAUUAUUUAGGUUACAAAAGGCUAUGGUUAAGACUUGGAGAAAUGUACAUUUCUUUUAAUGGAAGAACUCACCAAGAACAUUCAUUAGAACAGCCCAGAGGCCAAGACGUGCCAGUUGCCGCACAGGUGGAACAAAGUAUUUCCUACCACACAGAGCUUACAAGGUGCUUACAACUGUUCAGUCACAGAGCUUAACGUUUCAGCCUGUUGUCUCCUGUUGUAUCGUUUUCACUUGCACUUUUGUCUGACUUCUCACUCCCAAGGGCUGGUGCAGGGCCCGAGCCACCUUUCACAGCACACCUAAGUGGCCAUUCUGCCCGCGGGUCAGCCCAGCGCACCCAUGGCCCGUGGCGAGGGGACUCUUCUCUUUCUGGCUCUGACUGGCACAGGGAGGGGGGAAAUGCAGUCAAAUCGGCAGUUAAACCGAGUCCAGCACGUGAAAAUCAAUGAGGAAGGGUGAUACUGAAGUAAAAUCUGACUGCCACUUAGAACUCCAGCUUUUUCUUUUCUUCCCCUCCCAAGUGAUGUCUCUGAAGGCUGGGAGUGGUCCCGUAACACUCGCAUCCCAUGGGAUCCCCUGCCCCUUUACACACAGCAAUCAAAACCACACGUCUUUUGAAAAACAGCACUUCUCCCGUUGCGGAUUGUUCACAGAAAUGUAAUUUGCUAUUUUCUUUAAUAAACUAUUUAUACUGA